UCACUUCAUGGAGCCGCAUCUAAAAGCCGUUUCGUUCGCAACAGACACGUCACUACGACGUAUAUAAGAAAAUUCCGCCAUACUUUCUUUCUUUGUAAUAAUGUCGGCUGAGAACGAUAAUAGAGACAAUGGCCCAGAGGGCAUGGAGCCAGAUGGUAUCAUUGAGAGCAACUGGCAUGAGAUUGUGGAGAGCUUUGACGAGAUGAUCCUGCGCGAGGAACUGCUUCGGGGAAUUUACGCCUACGGUUUCGAGAAGCCUUCUGCCAUCCAGCAGAGAGCUAUUCUACCUUGUAUCAAGGGUUAUGAUGUGAUUGCUCAGGCCCAGUCUGGAACUGGAAAGACUGCCACCUUUGCCAUUUCCAUCCUCCAGCAGAUCGACGUUUCCCUGAAAGGCACCCAGGCUCUGGUCUUGGCCCCCACCAGGGAGCUAGCUCAACAGAUCCAAAAAGUGGUGUUGGCUCUGGGGGACUACAUGGGUGCCAGCUGCUACGCCUGCAUCGGAGGGACCAGCAUUCGCAAUGAAGUCCAGAAGUUGCAGGCAGAGGCCCCCCACAUCGUGGUGGGUACCCCGGGCAGAGUCUUUGACAUGUUGUCCCGCAAAAACCUCUCUUCUAAACACAUAAAAAUGUUCGUGCUGGACGAGGCCGACGAGAUGCUCAGUCGAGGCUUCAAGGACCAGAUCUACGAGAUCUUCCAGAAACUGCCAUGCAGCACACAGGUUGUCCUACUGUCUGCCACUAUGCCAGCCGACGUCUUGGAGGUCACCAAGAAGUUCAUGCGCGAGCCCAUCCGCAUCUUGGUCAAGAAGGAGGAACUGACCCUGGAGGGUAUCCGCCAGUUCUACGUCAACGUCGAGAAAGAGGAGUGGAAGCUGGAGACGCUGUGCGAUCUGUAUGAAACGCUCACCAUCACGCAAGCUGUCAUCUUUAUCAACACCAGGAGGAAAGUGGACUGGCUCACUGAGAAGAUGCAGUCCAGGGACUUUACAGUGUCUGCCAUGCACGGUGACAUGGACCAGAAAGAGAGAGACUUGAUCAUGAGGGAGUUCCGUUCCGGCUCUAGUCGAGUCCUCAUCACCACUGACCUGCUGGCUCGUGGUAUCGAUGUGCAGCAGGUAUCUCUAGUCAUAAACUACGACCUCCCGACCAACCGGGAGAACUACAUCCACAGGAUUGGACGUGGCGGUCGUUUUGGCCGAAAGGGUGUCGCCAUCAACUUGGUGACUGAGGACGACAAGCGCACCCUGCGGGACAUUGAGACCUUCUACAACACCACCAUCGAGGAGAUGCCCAUGAAUGUGGCUGAUCUUAUCUAAAAACAAACGUGUAUCAAUUUGCCCCUCCAUUUUUAAAAGCAAAAAAACAACAACAAAAAAAAACAGAUCAACUUCACUGUUUCUUUUUCUCAUGAAGAGCGCCCAAAUAAGGACGUUACAAUCCAAUCAGAUGUUUUGCUAAUUUGCAUUCAUGUUUUAACCCUGGUGGCUGUUUGUUUUUGCACACUGUCUUAGAAUUAUUACCAUCAUGAAGAGGAAGUGCUGCGUUGGACCACAACAGUGUUAAAACGUCAGUGUACAUAAAAGAAAAGAAAAAAAACAUUCUCAAAAAACAAAACAAAAAAAUCAUUGGGGACUUCAGAGUACACAAUAAAAAGACCUGUAUAGUUAA